AUGCGGUGCAAAUGCUCUCCGAGUUACAGGACAUCUGGACUCAGACAAAGGAGCAAAUCGCGAAGUCGCAGCAAUUGCAGAUUCGUCAAGCAAAUAAGCAUCGUCGAGAAGAGGAAUUUUGGAGUUGGUGACUUAGUCUUUAUCACAACAAAAGACUGGUUACAAGAUCGGCCAAGCAGAAAGCUUUCACACCUAGCCAGUGGACCAUACAGGAUCAUCGAAAAGUAG